GGUGAGGAGAUGGCUUCUCCCUCUAGACAGCCCCACCUCGGGGGAUCAGGACUGCUUCAGGGGAGCCGGGCUCGUUCUUAUGGAAGCCUGGUGCAGUCUGUCUGCUCCCCAGUGAGGGAAAGACGCCUGGAGCAUGAAUUGGCACCUGGAGACACUCUGGCUGGACUAGCACUCAAAUACGGGGUGACGAUGGAACAGAUUAAGCGUGCAAACCGCCUUUAUACUAAUGACUCCAUCUUCCUGAAGAAAACCCUCUACAUCCCCAUCCUGACAGAGCCCAGAGACCUGUUCAAUGGUUUAGAUUCCGAGGACGAGGAAGAGGUACAGCCAAGUAAGGAUGGAGUUAGGCCCCACUCAGCUGAGAGAAAAAAGCCAGAAAGAGGUUCGAGGCGUGCCAAUGGUGAAAUGCUCCCCACAUCUGGCCAGGAACCCUCCACGCCCAUCCACGACCUCUCAGCCUCUGACUUCCUUAAGAAGCUUGAUUCACAAAUCAGCCUGUCAAAGAAGGCUGCUGCCCAGAAGCUGAAAAAAGGGGAGAGCAGGGUGUCUGGGGAGGAUGCAGGUCCCCACCUGAGCUCCCCUCUGAUGCAGCAACGCGCGGUCCUAGGUCCUGUGCCGCUGACCCGGACCUCGCGGACCCGGACGCUACGGGACCAGGAGGAUGAAAUCUUCAAACUCUGAUGUCCCCAGAACUGACUGAG